GUCCAAUAGACCACGCAACAACUGAUUCUCACCAACAGGUGUUCCAAUUCAAUGGUCUACCAGGACAAAUAUCGCAACCUUGCCAGCCGCUGAGCUCAGAAAGCUCUCUCACAGACCUACGGUAUCGAUUUAACGUUCAAGACCCAAACAUGAUUCCCAAAUCUAAUCGAACUCGCAAGAAGUCGUCCCAGGGUUCAGAACAGAAUAAGCACCGCCGGACAAGAUCUGGCUGUUAUACCUGUAGAAGCAGGCGUGUCAAGUGCGAUGAGAUUCACCCGAUUUGCGAACGAUGUAAGAAAGGUGGUCGAGAAUGUGUCUAUCCAGACAUAUCAACAUCCACCAAACAGGGAAGCAAUAGUCCCCCCCAGACGAUUCAGGCCGGGGCCCAAGGAAGUCCGGGUUCAUCAUGGGAUGAAUAUGAAGACGGCCUGGAACGUACCCCUCUCGAGGCGACACCUAGCGAAGAUGAGAUCCAUAAGAUGAUGGCAGCAAAUUUUGGAACCGCGCCGAAAUCCAAUGCUCACUGUAGUAGUGUUUCUCAACAUAUGGGUGGACAGAACAAUACUGCAGGAACAGGUUCAGAGACAUCGCCGCCUGGGCUAGAUAUAGGUGCAUCGCCUACACCAUCUACAGAAGGUUCUGUAGGAUACCUCUCAUACCAGGCAUUCGGUACCUCUCGACUUGGAACAACGUCCUCGCCAUCUGUAAUUUCGACCAACUUAAGAAUCGACUGGUCCCAACUCCCCCCAGAUCUUCAAUUUUAUCUGGCUUACUUUUACCAAAACCUCACUCACCUCCAUUACUCCUUGAAGUUUGACCCAGGAAAUGUCCUGAAGACAACUUUUCUCGAUGCCGCCUUGAGGAAUGAAGCACUACUUUAUGCCCUGGUCGGAUUUUCGGCUUUUCAGCGAACAUUGCAUAAUUCUGACGGCAAAAUCCAAGAUUUCCUUCAAUAUUACAAUAAGGCAGUAUCCUUGCUGCUCGAAUCUCUGAGAAAAGGCGAGCGACAUAAUGUAGGCACACUACUGGCAAUAUUGCAGCUUGCAACAAUCGAGGAAUUUCUAGGGGAUUGGAUCAACUUGCUGGGCCAUCAAAAGGCAGCGUACGAGAUCCUGACAGAACUCUAUACUCCCCAGACAAUAAUGGAGAACGAAAUGAGCCGUGUCAUACUAGGAUGGUACUUGAGGUUCGACGCUUUGGCCAGCCUGAUGACUGGAUCUGAAAUGGUCCUCGACAGGGAGUGGCCGUCCUAUGCGCAAGACUUUUUUGAGCAACAAGUAUCGAGAGAGUCUACUAACCUUAACUGGAAGAUUGAGCUCGUUUUUGCACAACUCCGCCUCAUCGCUAUGGACAUGUCAACUGUCUUCGCAAAAAACGGCAAAGAGGGGAUUACCCAUGGUCAACUUUUCGAAGAAAUUGAAGCUAUAGGGAAACGGAUCGAGGCCUGGAAGACCCAGAUGGAUCCAUCUCUACAAGAUAGUCGUUACCUGGUUACAGAUUUCAGCGGCGCCCCAGCUUUUGACCCUGAUGACAUCGUCAACCCCUAUAUGCCUGGCGUUAUAUAUGGUGGACCCCUCUGGGUGAUGAACGUCGCCGCGAUCGACUGGCAUUCUAUCAGCUUGAUGCACCUGUAUCAGACCGCCUUGACGAUAAAGACGCAACCGAGUAGAGAACUUUGUCUCAAGGCGUAUGCUAGUUGUCAGCUGUUUGAAUCUGUCGAGCUCUGGCCUGGGAGUCCUCCCGGUACAGUCUUGGCUUUACAAUCAAGUCUUGGAAUAUCAUGCUCGUUCCUCCCUAGAGAUCAGAGACACUCUAUGUGGGCUCGUCGCAAGCUGGCGACCAUAGAAUCCAAUGGUUAUAUAUACCCCUAUACUUUUCGAACCAAGAUGUCAGAAAUCUUUCGAGAUCGGUCUUGUAUAGACUGGUGGCUUCCUAACGAUGAAGGUUACCCGCCAAUCAUACGUUCCAUCCGCAAAUUUGUGGAAGAGCGCUCGUCGCCUGCCAUAGACUUGCCAGGAGAGGAUCUACGAGACAUGAAACAAAUAUUUGCUUCCCUGAAGCUCGAUGACGCACGUUCGAGAUUGCCGCCGUUUGUGUUUAAAGAGCAGGGUGUCAUUCCAGAGGUAGCGGUAGUCGGAAGCCAAACAGGUUGGGCGGCUUCACAUUUGGAGCCAGGAAAUAUGCAAGAUGUGGAAUGGUUGAAUCUUGCGGAAGGUGGAGCAUAUGGAUUGCAUGCCGGCCAAGGUCCUCGAGGUUUAGAUCAAAACGAUAGUGCACAUAGGUUGCCACAAAGAGGCUUUCCACAAGGAGGAUGAACAAUAUCGGAAACCAACGAUGCAACAAACACUGGCAAAACAUAGUGACAACUGUAAAUCAAUCU